UUCGAGAAAGUCUAGGGGAGAUCACUCCCACUUUAUUUUUAUUUUUUUGUUGUGACGUGAUUGUGGGUAUAUUUACAUUCAAAACAUGAAUAGCCUAAUACUGGCUAACAGUAAUAUUUUAUUAAUAUUUAGAUCUAGUAAUAACUAAUCAAAAACGUCAAUGAACUCUAUAAAGUUGUCAUAUAGAACUACAUCUAGGCAUGGAUAUUCCGUCAAAUUUUCACCCUAUUAUUCAAAUCGAAUAGCUUGUGCAACUUCCCAGAACUAUGGCAUAGCAGGAUGUGGGACUGUUUACAUAUUGGACGUGUGCACCAGUCAACUGAGACUUGUCCAACAAUUUGACUGGAAUGAUGGAUUGUUUGACGUGACAUGGGCAGAGAACAAUGAAAAUAUUUUCAUCACUGCAGGCGGGGAUGGAUCCAUACAAAUCUGGGACCUAGGCCAGACUAAGGGUCCCCUCAAAGUUUGGCAAGAACACACCAAAGAGGUCAAUGCAGUUGAAUGGUGUCAAACAAGGAAUGAAAACUUUGUUUUGAGUGGAUCCUGGGACAAGUUGAUUAAAUUGUGGGACAUAAAUGCCAGCAAGUCCAUUGGAACAUUUCCUGGCCAUGAUCACAUCGUCUACCACGUGUCCUGGGCACCACUCAAAUCUGCCUGCUUUGCUUCUGCCUCAGGUGAUCAUUCAUUAAGGAUAUGGGACACAAGACAAACUAGUCAAGUGCUUGCUAUAGCUGCACAUAGUGGAGAGAUUCUCACUUGUGAUUGGUGUAAAUACAACCAGAACAUGAUUUUCUCUGGUGGUGCUGAUGGUUUGGUCAAAGGCUGGGACCUGCGCAACCUGCACAUUCCUUUAUUUCAACUCAGUGCCCAUAAAUAUGCUGUGCGCCGCAUUAAA